AUCAAUUUGUCUUUAGGUCUGGCCCUGUUUUAACAUUAACUUAAACCGCCCCGUACAUCUGACACGUGCGGAUGCAUCAAAUCGUCGGUGUUCGUAGUUUCACCAAAAAAAAAGAGUAAAGUUGUAAACGGUGUGAAAGUGGUAGAGUAUUCGGCGCGCCAUUUCUCCAAUGGUCGGCGUGCAGUUCUUCAGGGCCCGAACAUGCGAACGAUUUUGAAAUUGGUUGGUUGUGUUGUUGUUCUGUUCUUAGCAUACCUGUUUAAAAAAUGGACGGAUUAUCCGGAUCUUCCGAAAUUAGAGGAGGUGUGGUGGGGUCAGGACAUGCCAAAUAAUGAUACCCAGCCUAUUUUACCGUUCAAGAUUCACAUUAGCGACGAAAUACUUGAGGACUUAAAUCACCGCCUAAAAACAACGAGACCAUUGCCACCAUCGCUGGAGCAAGUGAACAAUACUUAUGGUAUCCACAAGGAUAUCGUGGAAGACGUCCUCAAAUAUUGGAGGACCGAGUACAACUGGAGGGAACGCGAGAAGUUCCUCAACCAGUUUCCCCAGUUCACCGUCCAAAUACAAGGUCUCAGAAUCCACUACCUGCAUGUGAAACCCAAGCUAGAUGCGGGAUCGAAGGUCGAGGUUCUUCCGUUGUUGAUGUUGCACGGAUGGCCCGGCUCUAUAAGAGAGUUCUACGAAGUAAUCCCGGAACUGAUCAAGCCUAAGGACGGAUACAAUUAUGUUUUCGAAGUCAUCGCACCGUCACUUCCCGGAUUUGGAUUUUCGGAUGCCACCAGGAAACCCGGUUUGGGAUUAGCUCACGUCUGUGUUUUGUUUAAGAAUUUCAUGAAGCGGUUGGGUUACCAGAAGUAUUACAUCCACGGCGGUGACUGGGGGGCCGUUAUAGCACAGACAAUGGCAACUCUUUUUCCGGAGUAUUUGCAUGGAAUUCAUUCCACCAUGUGCGUUACCAAUGCAUUUUCCGAGUUUAAAUUGAUGUUGGCCAGUUGGACUCCUUCUUUGGUGAUACGAAAAGAACACGAAGAAAAAGUUUAUCCAUUGCUUAGCACGUAUGAGUUUUUGCUAAAGGAAUCGGGUUAUUUUCAUUUACAGUCUACCAAACCAGAUGCUGUAGGUGUAGCUUUGAAUGAAUCUCCAAUUGGCUUAGCUGCAUACAUUUUAGACAAAUUCAUCAGUUUAACAGAUCCGAAGUAUAUCCAUAAGCCUGACGGAGGUUUGAAGGAGGUUUUUUCCUAUGAAACUUUAAUAGACAAUUUGAUGAUUUAUUGGGUAACUGGUACGAUAACAAGUUCAAUGAGGAUUUAUGCUGAAACCUUCAACAAAGAAAAUCAGGGUUUACUCAUUGACUUCGUACCAACAGAGGUACCAACUGCUUGUACCAGAUUUAGUCACGAAUUAUUUUACAAACCUGAUUGUAUCCUUAAGGAUAAAUUUCACAAUUUGGUCUACACCAAUGAUUUAGAGGGCGGACACUUUUCAGCGCUUCAGCACCCUAAAUUAUUAGCAAUGGAGAUAUUUAAAAGCGUGGAUAAGAUGAUAGAAGAAGAAAGUAUUAAAGCGAAAAAGUAGCUUUUUGUGUUUUUUAAUUUAAGUUGAUAUUACCUAUUUUUGUUGUAUUUGUUAUUAUGUUGUAUAUAUUGAUUUUGUAAAUUGUAAAUAAAGAUGUGUCUUUGAGUA